ACUAUGCUAACCGCGUAGUCGCGUACUACUAUUCUUCUUCCACCGCCCAUUUCUGCCGUUUUCUUUUUCUUCUUCUCUAAUGAGUUUUGUUCUGAGAUAAGGUCUUCUCACGGAUAUCAUUUUUAGGGAUUAAUUCGAUAUUUUUUUGGUUAUAGAAGUUCCAAUUUGAUUUAAAUUUUGGAUUUAACAAGUGAAACUUGCAAAAGAAAAAAAAAGAGGAAGUUUGGGUUUAAUUAGAGUUGAUGACUUGAAAUUCUAAGUGGAAACAAUGAAGAAGGGACCUGUCCUUAGGCGUGUAUCAGUUCGAGACCUUGCGGAUAAGUUCGAGAAAGGCUUCGCUGAUGCUGAGUCUGUUGGAAAAUCUGAUGAGUCUAAACUUAGAGAAUUAGUUGCAUUGGAAAGACAUGUUCUUCUGGAGAAGCUAAAUAGUGCACUUGGAUCCUUGCAAGUCCGCGUAACUGAUCGAACUAAAGAUGAUGUAGAUGAAGCUAUUUCUAUGGUGGCAGAUUUAUCUGUCAAGUUGAAACAAAGUGAAGGAGAGUUUUCUCAAGAAAAGGAGCAUGUGAAGAUACUAGCAGAUUUUCUCAAGCAGGCUACAGAAGAUACUAAAAGACUCGUUGACAAGGAAAAAAACUUUGCUCGUCAUGAAAUUGAGAUUGCAAAAGCUGCAGUGCAGAGAGUUGAAGCGGCAUUUCAGGAGCAACAGAGAAUACCUAUAACAUCUGACAAUUUGGGGUCUGAAGAUUUAAUGAAGGAGGUUCAAGACGCUAGAAGAAUUAAAAUGCUGCAUCAACACAGCAAGGUACUGGAGAUGGAACUUGAACUUCAAGAAUUAAGAAUCCAGCUUGCGGAGAUGUCCACAUAUUCUAAUCAGCUUCUUAAGGAGCUCACAAUGAGUAAGGGCCUUGAGGUAAAGAAGUGCUACUUGUAUGAAUUGGAUGGCCCUGAAAUUCUGGGUUCCUAUCUGUGCAUCACUCCACGCACAGAAACAGCUCCACAUCUUUCAGAGUGUUCAGUCCAAUGGUAUCGUAUAUGUUCUAAAGAUAAGGAGAAAAAAAAUAUUUCAGGGGCAACAAAAUUGGUUUAUGCUCCAGAGCCUUUUGAUGUUGGGCAAAUCUUACUAGCAGAUAUUGUUGUAAACGGCGAUAGACUCAGUGUGCAAACCAACGGUCCCAUCGGUCCAGCUCCAGGGUUGGGAAGCUAUAUAGAGGAGCUCGUAAGGAUAUCCGAAACCGAGUUUAAUGUAGUUGUUAUCCAGAUGAACGAAGAGAUUUAUUCAGUGCAUUCUGUUCACGUAUUUCACGUGGGGAAGAUGAGGGUGAAGCUCUCUGAAGGAAGAUUUGUCAAGGCAAAAGAAUCUUAUUCUACUUCAAUGCAGCUGUGUGGGACUAGAGGGGGUGGUAAUGCAGCAGCACUGUCGUUGUUUUGGCAAGCAAAAGAGGGACUGUCCUUUGUAUUAGCCUUCGAAUCGGACAGAGAAAGAAAUGCAGCUAUUAUGCUUGCCAGGAGAUUUGCGUUUGAUUGGAGUAUCGCACUUCUUGGACCGGGUGAUUGCACAAUUUGGAAUGGGUGAUUGCACAAUGAGAUCCUAACAAAAUGUCACAUCGGCUUCACGCCUUCACCCAAUGUAAGUACACUGAGGGUUUAACAAAGUCGUGUAUCUAAUGUACGAUUGGAUAAUAAUUAGAAUAUUUCUAAUGAAAAAUUUAUAUUA